AUGCCUUUUCCUUUUUUUCUUCUUUUUUUGAAUGAGGCGGACCAAAAAAAAAAAGAAGAAGGGAAAGGAAUGAGAUGCAGACAAAUAGGCUCCACGUUCACGAAGCACUUUCAUCAUUUGGCUGGGAAUUCUUUUUGUGUUUUCCUUCUCCUGUUGUUGUCGCAAACACUACUCGUGCGGGGAGGCGUACAGUCUCCUGUCCCUUGUGACAGCGGUUUUGGUCGUGACUACAUUGUUUUUAUCAAUACUUAUCUUCUUCCCGACGGGACAAUCAACGUUGCUAAAGAGACUCAGCGAUGGUGGAAAUGGCGGCAGGCAGACAAGACGUGUGGCUGCCUGUCUAUUGCACCUCAUGUAUCAAAAGGCGGAGGAUGGCAGGACUUUGUUGUGGUGCGUGUGUUGUCACCGCAAAGAAAUCGUAGCAUGCGAUGUGUUCAAACGGAACUCCGUGAUGUUCGGCUUGUUUUUCCUUGUGUGGGGCAAAUUUCUGUCCUUCGCGUGGUGGAAAAUACGUUCCUUUGGGGGAAUCGGACUCUAGCUUCAGUGGCACAACAAACAGGCUUCGCCACAGCGCGGCCGUUGUACCCACGACGAUAUUUUGGUCUUUCCUCAACGUUGAAGUGGACAGGAAGAGGCGUUCGUAUCGCUCUGUUGGAUACGGGGCUUGAUUCGCAUCUACUUCUAUCAGAAUCAUCAUCACUUGAACAGCAACGGGAUUCAAAUGGAACAGGUGGCACAAGAAAACCUCUUCUUAUGUGUACGAGCUUUGUGCCGGGUUUUUCGUGCGAGAAUAACCAAGAUGGGCAUGGCACCUUUAGCGUCUCCUUGAUGGCUGGAAACAUCUCAUUAUUGGAGUGGAAUCGAAAUAAGAGUGUUUUGGAGGCAAAACACAUGAGGUCCGAUGACAAAUUUAUCGCAGAGAAGACGGGACUACUUUCUGCUCGCUCGCAAUACCUCGGGAUGGCGCCAGGUGCGGAUGUUCAUAUGCUGCGUGUUUUUGAUGACAAUCGUGAUACUCGCACCGCUUGGUGUAUAGCCGCGUUGAAUUUUGCUCUUCAGUGGGGUGCAAAUAUUAUAAAUCUGUCAUUUGGAGGCAUCGACUACUAUGAUGCCGUCUUCACAGAGAAAAUUACGGAACUGGCGACGAAGGGCGUGGUGGUGGUGGCUGCAACAGGUAAUGAAGGUCCCAGGAUGGGAUCUGUGCAUAACCCUGCAGACCAGAACGAAGUGAUAUCGGUGGGAUCGCUUGGAACACGUGGAAGACGUCUUAUUUCACGUCGGGAUUAUUAUUAUGAUGAUGAUAAUACAGAAAUGAACAAAUCUUCUAUACGCUUACCUGUGCGGUGGGUGUCAACGUUCUCCGGUAGGGGACCGAGUACAUGGGAGAUGCCAUAUGGAACGGGCCGACCAAGACCGGAUCUCGUGGCGCUGGGCGAGCAUGUUCUUGGUGUGGGACGCGACGAGGGGUCUGGUACGUUGUCACUACGCGUUUCGCACGGCACGAGUGUGGCCGCCCCGAUUGUGGCGGGAAUUGUUGCACUUUGCAUUGACGCUCUUCAACGUUUACAUGGGAACUGGAAGGCAAAUAUGAACGUUGCAGUAAUAAAACGGGUACUGAUGGAGACGGCGGUUGAGAUUCAUCCGAGACUGUCAGCACUACGCGUCAUGGAAGCGGCGCUUCACAAAGAAGAAAAGGAAUUGUUGGCCCAACGGAAAUGUGACUGGUGGCGUCGGGGUAGAAAUGCGUUCCACCGUCGUGAUGGCAUUGCCAUAACGCGGACUCUUUUUCACUACCGAAAUGUAUUGCAGUACAGUCGCAUGAGCCAAGGAGCCGGAGAGGUGUGCCCGAUGUGUGCACUUUCAUGGAUCGCAGAAGAAGGACAAAAUCGAAAACUUUUGAGCGGGUUUGCCUUCCCUAGGGAAAUUGAAGCCACAGGCGAGCAUCAGCUACCAUAUGGAGAGGCGUCACCAACUUCAUUGCCUCCUUGUUUGCUCAACUGGCCUUAUUGCGAGCAACCCCUUUUUCCCUCGGCGACACCAGUCGAAUAUAAUAUCAAUAUUUACUAUCCACAAUGCCCUGCGGCACGUCUUGCCCAAGCCACGCCAUGGAUACGGAUGACGAGUGCGCGGGGUAUCUGUAGCGCUCAUAGGCGUGAGCAAUGUCAGGCCUCCAUUGUAGAUCUGACCACCGCUAAACAGCUUUUAUUUCUGCGGGCACAUGCACCGCAAACCCUAGAGGCGUACAGUGGGGUGAUCUCUCUUUUUGCCUUAUCACCAUCCAAUGCAUCCAAUGUCCGGCUGACAUCAUCAGCCACGGAAAUUUUGGAGGCGGACGACAGGGAGAGGGUGCUGGGACAUUUUGAUCUUAUUGAGGUGUCUGGCAAUGUCAAUGUGGUGUACAGUUGCAAUGCAUCUUUUCAUGGGAUUCUGCGGGGAACAAAGGAAGAUGAAACAAGAUUUGCAUCGGAAUGGGUCACCAUACCGUUUAGGAUUUCUAUCGUACCACGACCUUCACGUGCUCAACGCAUGGCUUUUGACAUUAAUCAUCAAUGGUUUUAUCCACCUGAUUUUAUACCUGGCGAUGAUUCUCGUCCUGAACCCAUGCAUAAUAAAGAACACCAGCAUAUGAAACGUCGAGCCCUUCGUGAAAGUCACGGUGUCUUUGAAUGCGAUAGCGAUCAUCCGCACACAAACAUGGCACCACUCCUGCUGUAUCUUCGUCGAGAAAUGAAGCUGUUUGUUGAAUUGCCUCUGCUUAGUUACCUUUCUUUUUGGCUUCACCGGAAUGAAACAGUACCGACACCAUCCUUGCACUGGCGCAAUGCCUCGCGGAGUUACUACAGCAGCAUUGGAACAUUGUUGUUGCUCGAUCCGGAACUCCCACUUUUGAAAGAAGAGCGAGCAGUUUUUGUAGACGCCGUUUUGCUGUAUCAACUGAAUGUGGUGAUCAUCAGCGAAUGGUACAGCGAGCAAGUAGCACGAGGGCUCUCCUUUUACGAUUUUACUCGAAAUCGCACGUGGUCGCCCUUAUUUUUGACAAAAAGGGGUGAAAUGGUGGAAUCUACCAUAGUCGACGAAGACAAUGAGAGAAAUUCGCAUGGUCUGAAGGGCGCUUGUCAUGUGCCUUCUCUAAACAAGUUUCUGUGCGAGAUUAGCGAAGGGUUGCUUCAGCUUGACGAGGAGCGAGUUGUGGAUGGCGAGCUGGUGCUUGCAACCUCCUCCUCUUUUUUUCGGCAUCACACUGGAUGGGGUGAGCAGACGGUGUAUCGCCAUUUUGCUAGAAUGAUCUCUGCAGGUAUGUUACGUUGGCCUCCGGCAGGAAGUGGCUGUUUCGCACGUGCUCCACCGUGUGGAGAAAUUGCGAGAACAACGAUGGUGUGCGGCAUGGAAAGGGCGUGGGCGAACGAGUUGCAUGAAUUUACAAAGUCCGAGGGGAGAACACGGGGAGAUGAGGCAUCCAACGAGGCUGCGGAUGUGUGGAGGCAGGUGGAUCCAGGUGGAUUUAUCCCACUUUUUGGUUUCGUCGGGGUGGGUAACAGUGAUACGGACGAAGAAUGCGGAAGGAGCUCUGCAGACGGUAUGAAAAGAUGUGGGAGGGGGAGGGGACGCGUCGCUGUCUUCACGGAUACCAGCGGCUUUGGUUCAUCCUCCGCUUCCCUUCAGGCUUCGCUGCGUGUCUUGGACAAAUUGUUUUAUGACGUCUCCUCUCAAUUGUCCGGCAACACUGGGGUCGAGGUGGUUGUACCCCCACGUGUACGUGAAGCAAUUAAAAACCUUGUGACUCAUGAAAGCGAGGCUCCCUCUUUUACGUUUAGCAUCAUACGUGACUUUUUUCAUUUUGUUUACACCGGAGAUGUUCCCGAAUUUACAAAUGGCGCUGAGUGUAAACGCAGUAAUGGCCACAUGCAUGCGGUCACAACUCCGGUGGAAGUGAACGUGAGGGAAUAUGAGGAAAACGAAUAUGAAGAACUUCUGUCGGCUCUUUUUGCUUCGGCGCCGCGUCGAGUGGCUGUGGCAAGGCGGCUCCGUGAGGUCUUUAGUGGGUGGGAGACCGCCGUGACGGUGGCCGAUGAUGAUUGCAUUUUUAGGAACAACGAAUUUCAUUUCAAAGAAAAGAACUCGCACGAGGCGGCGAUGGGCUUGGUCUUAUUCGUCUGUUUGUCGCUUGUUGUUCUUGGGCUGACGUUUAUCCUGCUUUGGAAGCGGAAGAGGGUACAUUGUGCUUUCCGUGGAAUUUUGAAGUCUGAUAAGGGGUACAGUAAGAGGAAGAAAGAGGAGAAAAAAGGAAAAUAA